AAUUCCAACUUCAUUAGAGUCCAUAAAGUCAUUUCUGUUGCAAACUUCACAAUGAAACAGUCAGAUCUGCAGCUCUCAGACGUUUUUUUAAAAGCGCUUAAUCACCUGCCCCUGGAGUACAACUAUGCUCUAUACAGCAGAAUAUUUGAUGACUUUGGCACUCAUUACUACACCUCUGGGAAGAUGGGUGGUUCCUAUGACAUUCUUUACCAGUACAGCUCUGAGGAAUUGAAGAACUCGGGGCUGGCAGUGGAAGAAUCAACAGAGUGUGUCCGAACAGAAACAACAAGACGUGUGUUCUUCCGGAAGAAAAAGAAAGUCAGUACCAGAUGCACCACAAACAGGAUGACUGUGAAACAUGAAGGUUCCAUUUUGGAGUCAGCUGAACGGUCAGUCUCCCUAGUGAAAGGUGGCAGGUCAGAGUAUGCAGCAGCUCUGGCUUGGGAGAAAAAGGGGGCUUUUCCAGGACACACAGUCUUCACGAACUGGCUGGAAUCAACAAAGGACAAUCCUGUGGUGAUUGACUUUGAGGUGUCGCCCAUCACGGAUCUGGUGAAGAAUGUGCCAUGUGCCGUGACCAAGCGUCGCAACCUGGGGAGAGCCCUGAGAGAAUACGCGGGCAGGUUUGACCCUUGCCAGUGUGCCCCGUGUCCCAACAAUGGCAGGCCUGUGCUUUCCGGGACGGAGUGCCUCUGCCUGUGCCAGGCUGGGACCUACAGCAAAAACUGUGAGACACGAGCUCCGGGUUACAAAUCAGUUGCGGUAGACGGCCGCUGGGGUUGCUGGUCUGAAUGGAGUUCAUGCGACACUUCUUUCAAAAGAAGAAGGACCCGGGAAUGUAAUAACCCAUCCGUGAUGAAUGGCGGGAAGCCCUGUGAAGGUGAGCGGGAAGAAGAGGAGAACUGUUAUGUCUCCGUGUUCACAGACAGAGGUGCUCCUUGUAUAAAUGAUGAUGAAGCCAGGCGAGAAGAGGAUGUCUUGAUUGGUGAACCUGAGUCUGGAUGCUCCAGGCCAGAUCCACCAGAAAAUGGCUUUAUCAGGAAUGAAAAGAACCAGUACGAUGUGGGGGAAGAAGCUGAAAUUGCCUGCAUGAGUGGUCAUGUCCUCAGUGGCUAUCAAUACCUUCGGUGUCUGCCUGAUCAAACCUGGACACAGCAACCUGUUGAAUGUCAAUCCUCAGUAUGCCUCAGACCACCAACAUCUGACACUGUCAUAAUUUCCCCAUUUAAGCAACAGUACAACAUUGGUGAAAUCAUUAAGUUGAGCUGCCAAGUUGGGUUUAUACUCACUGGUCAAACACAGUAUACUUGUGGGAAAGGCCUGUCCUGGAUACCUCCUAUUUUGAGAUCUAUUACGUGUGAAAAAGAUGAGCAAGCUAAAAUUAGAGGUGUUUGCAAUCCAGGACAAAAGCAGGUUGGAUCUCAUUGUGUUUGUAUGUCUCCAGAAGAAGACUGUGGCCACUACUCAGAAGACAUCUGCGUGCUACAUGCUGUUUCUGAACAGAAUGUGACCAAGACUAUCUGUCAGUAUUCAGCUGAAACAUGCCUCGGAGAGCAGUCAUUUCAUUUUUUGCAUACUGGCCAUUGCCAUGGUGAUUCCAACCUAGACUGGGCUAUUGAAAGGGCAAAACUCUCUACAAAUAGCUUGAAGAAAGUGCCCUGUGGCUAUGACACCUGCUAUGACUGGGAGGAAUGUCCAGAGACACAGAGCCAGUGCUCCUGCCUGAUGCCUUACCAGUGCCCCAAAGAAGAAAUCCGCCUUCACUGCAUCCAAAUGGAGUCGACAGGGAGGAGGAGGACAGUCAGUCAUUGUACGCUGGCAGCCAUGAAGUGUGCUGGCAUCAAACUGGAGGUGCUGGAGCAGAGGAGAUGCCUGGCGUAA